CGAACCAAUCGGAUAAUAUUUCUCCAGCAUAGGAUCUUCCCCUUAUCAGUAUAAAUACACACCCUUACCUGUGUUUCGUCCCGUUCAAAAUAACAGCAGUGAUAUAUACGUGUAUAUAUAUAUAUACACAUAUAUACGAAGGCUAUAUAUAUACCAGAUUUCGUCCCAUCGUUAUAAUAAAAUAUGAGCCUUAAAAACACUUCACAAAUCUUCCCCUUUGAGCGGGGAAUCCAACGAAUCAAGAAACGUUGAAAACGGUGGUCGGAAGAGGGAGAUAUCAUUCACCGGAGUCUCGCCGGACUGGUUUUCACGGAGCAAAAAUACAGAGAAGGACCAAACGUUAGGAAGCCACCGUUUUGUCUGGAGGAGAGGAAGUUGUGUCGCUACUUCCAAAUCAGUCCGUUGCUUCUGAACGCCGCGGUUGCGCCUUGCUUGGUUCGCCGGUGCUGAGCUACGAAGAAGACACCGAUUAUUUUUGGUGAAGAUGUGGUAGAAGCGACCAUUUGAGACUCUUGAGACUGAGGUAAGUUUCUCUGCCAAUCCAAAAUUGUUUCCUCGUAUUAUAUGCUUAUUAUGCAUUAUGUGAUUAAGUGUGAAUUGUGAAUUUUGUGUAUGUGAUUUUGAGAAGAUAUUAUAUAUAUGGUAGUUAAGAAGUAUAAAUCAAGUACUUUUGGGGUAUUAAAUAUUUUUAAAUACCUUUGAGACUUUUUAGAGAAAUUAAGAAGUAUUUUUGAAGUAUUGUUAAGCAAAGAUAAAAUUUACAUUUUCAUAAGAAGAUAGCAUCUCGGGAGUAAUCCGAGGUGUCGGUUUUUCCACAUCCGGAUAAAUGUGGAGGGUGAUUAGAGCUACUACUACUAAGAAGCACAGUUUGGAUCUAUGAUCCCUUUUAAGUAAGAUUUGGAUAUAUGAUCCCUUUUAAGUAAGAUUUGGAUCUAUGAUCCCUUUUAAGUAAGAUUUGGAUCUAUGAUCCCUUUUAAGUGAGAUUUGGAUCUAUGAUCCCUUUUAAGAAGAAGUUAUAGUAGUAGUCCCUAAUCAUUCAAGAAUUUUAGAAUUGGGGUGGUUGGGUUCCGACCACUCGGGAUGACUUACUACUCGGAGGGCUUGGAAUCCCUUUUAGGGGGUGUGCACACUUAAGGUAGUCGUUUCGUUUCCAACAGAGCAGUCGUGGUACCGGCACUUGUUCGGGGUGGCCGUCCGUAACCACGGUCCACCGGGCUCUAUCGAAAGGUUGAGCACCGCCCUUCUAAAUUACUAGGAAGUUAGAGAAGAAGUGUUUUUUUUAGAAGUUUAAAAAGAAGAGUUACUAAGAGAUUUUCCAAGAGAAGUUUCAGAUUUUAGCAAAGAAGUGAUUUUAAGAAAAAUCAAAGAGAAAAGUAUUUUGGAAGAGUGCGUCAUUUUUAUAUGAUAUUAUAUAAAAAUCUAUUUUUAGUCAAACCUGAUUAUUUUACGGGGUUGGGUAGUACUUACUUAGCUCUAAAGCUAAUUUUUGUUAUUUUUCUUGUCUCUCUCUUCUCCCUUAAAUUUUAUCAGGUGAUGAGUUGGAUACCUAUGUGGAUUGACGGAUUGCUCGAGCUUGAGUGCGAAUUAGAAGAUGCCUUAGUUAAAUCUAGUCAUAAAACAAACCUUUACUUAUUAUUACAUUAGUUUUUAUUGUUUUACUUUGAGUUGCCUGUGCAUUCGGUUAAGAGAUGACCGAAUGUGGCGGUAACACUCAUUUCCCUUUUAGACUUCCACUGUAUUUCUUCAACUCUUUGAUGAAUGAAUAAAGUAUUUCUUUUAAAUAUAUCAAUGUUUUGGGCGGGAAAUUUAGGGGUGUUACAACUGCGGUAACUAUGAGCGAGACGGUUGAAACUCUUUGCACCCCUAUUUCUUUUGAGUCUCUCAUUGCUACUGACCUAGAUCCUGUCCUCAUAGAAAUUAGUCCUGAAGAACUCAAUCUAGAAGUGCCCACGGGAGUUUAUGAAGAGACCAUAGAUGAGGAGAUACUUUGUGACACCGGCCUUACCCUACCAUCUAUGGAUGAUUUCUCACCUAAAGAGUCCUUGAAAGAUAACCUUGACGAAGCUGGUGAUCCUACACGAGCCCAAGUGCCUGAUCAAGUAGUUGAUGAAACAUGUGAUAUUGAGGAAACAUUCUCCGAUGACGCCUUCUUUGACUCUCUACUCAAUGAUGACGAACAUAGUUGUUCUAGGCAAGGAUCUGUUUGCCUAGAUGAUAUAUGUGGGGUUAGUGAGUUAGGAAGUUGGGAUGCAUUCUUAGAAAGUGACACAGAGUCUAAACUUUGUGAUUUUCAUGUUGAGUGCAUAGAUGAGGAGUAUGAAAUCUCUAGUCAGGCUACUUUUACCUUGAUGACUCCAUUUGAGCGGUUAGAGAAACCAGAGACACCUGAUCUUGAAAUACUUGUUGAUUCUACUAAUGAGGGUGAUACGAGAUAUGUGCUAAUCCCUAGUUCGAACGACUUGUUCUUUGAAGAUUAUAUCACAUUUCGGUGGUCACGAGAGUUCGAAGGUCUACGCCAUCUGACAGCAUACCUGGAGGACAAGGUGGAGGCACUAAUGAUGAGUGCUCCACGACUGAUUAGCAUUACAAAGAGUUCUCUCUCAAUUGUCAAGCUAGUGACGUUAAAGAAGCGCUCAUUGGAAGGCAACCCAAAAAAAAAACUAACCUUAAAAAAAUGUUAUUUUGAUUUUUGCAGAUGUCUGGAGGAGGAAGCGAUGAUCCGAUCUUUCAGGAGCCACCACUGGCUAGGCAUGACCCAUUGCACAUACCAGAUAUCCCAUUCGCUACUGAUGCUGACCGCACACGCUUCCAGACGUGGGGGCAGUACCGCACUCUUCUAGCUCCCAUGAUCCUGGAUCAGAGGAUGCUCGAGGAAUGGGGAUACUGGGCCGACAUUGAUGCUCUACUAGGAGAUUCCUUGUGGCGUGGGAUUCUAUCCAUACAGGAGAGAGCCAGCUUCCCAUUGACGAUGGAGUUCCUAUGCUCUCUACGCUUCACUCACUACGGCCACACUAUGCACACAGGAUCUGUCAUUAGGCCGGCGACUCAGAUGAGAUUCACUAUCAUGGGCAUCGAGCACUCCAUCACUGUGGCUGAGCUCGGAUGGAGGAUUGGGCUCUAUGCUCCUGCAUAUACACAGACAGACGAGUUCUGUGCUCUCCCGACACGUUUACCUGAGGCAUUUGAUAUUGAUGAGUUCUGGCACAGGCACUCCACAGACACCAGACCGUUCCUCCGCAUGCACCCCCAGUCGAGCCGGUGGAGGCAGACUCACUGGUAUAUACUCUCCUUUGUACUCUCUUGUGGUUUUUUUGGACGACCUAACAACACGAACAGGUUGUCCAAAAAGGACAUCCUAUUCUUUUGAAGUCUGGUUCACCGCACCCCGGUGAAUAUGACAGUCCUCUUGGCUCGUUUCUUCCGGAGUCAGGGGAAGAGUGUUCGCCGCACGAUCCAGGCAGGGCCCUUCGUCACUACUCUCGUCCGGUCUUUCUAUCCUGAGCUAGACAUUCCAGAUCUACUCCCAGUACAAGAUAGCAUUCGCAUUCUUAGAUCCUCAUCCCUUGGGAACAUGAGGAUCAAGAAGAAGCGAAAUACUCAGGAGCUGCCGGGCAUUGAGCAGUCGACACAGCAGAGUAGCUCUUCUCGAGCCCCACCACACAGGAGACCCGGUGAGCCAGCCUCGGACAUGCCUAGUGCCUCAGAUUGGAGUGCGAUGAUGGACGCGAUGAGGGGUCUUCAGACCUCAUUCGUAGAUUUUCAGGGUGCACAGGAGAGAGCAUUUCGGGAGAUGCGAGAGGCACAUGCGUCGGCCCUGGGAGAGUUCAGAGAUUAUAGACUGGCACAGGAGGGAGCCAACAGGGAUAUUCUGGAGCAGCUAGAGACCCAGCGACUGGAUAAUGAGGAGAUACGAGAGUGGCUGCGGCCUAGUCAUGGAUCACGAGAUGACACAGGCGAUGCCUAGAUUUGCUUCUUCCUUGACAUUUAUUUUUGUUUGUUUGUUUAUUCAGGAUUGGACAUUGCACUGCUCUUUUGACUUGAAUGCUCUCACAAACUAGCUAUGGAUGGUGUAAGAAUUUUUAAAACAUUUUUAUUCCUGUUUUCAUUAUUCCUCUUCACAAAAUCUUUUCAAAACUCAAGUGUGAGGAAAGAACAAAAAAAAAGUGCCUUUAUUUCUAAACUUUGUGCAGACCUCGAAGGCGAGGCCCAGCUCAAGUGUGAGGAGGUUGCGUUUUACACUCAAAAAGUUAAAACCUUGUUUUAGAUCAAUCUUUUUACUAUUUUUGAUAUGAAACAUUCACCUCUCAAUUGUUAUCAAUCACAUAAUAUCUUAGAGGAUCACCCUUAUUAUAAGAAUUUACUUUUAUUAUUAUUUUUAGAAAACUUGAAAUUGUUAUGGGUUUUGGUUGCGAAUGUAAAUGGCUAAUUUUGUUUUAAUAGGACAUUCAUUUUAUUCAUAAAAAAAAUACUAGUAUUAAUAAAUCUCUUCAAAACUCAUUGUUAAAGGACAAUUCCAUCUCCGAAAAGGGGCUCUGUUUCAUUCGUUAAUCAUAGUCUGUGAGAAUGAAAUAUGCAUCUACCGUGGGAUAACACCGCCAACAAGAGUGGACAAGAGGCAAAAAAAAAAUUGUGAAUAAGAUAAAUGUCCAAAUUAGAAUAAUGAAAACCUUGGGAUAAGGAAUUGAUUGGUGGUUUAACAUAAUCAAUAGUUUCUUUAGUAAUAAUAAUUUUAAAUUCUUGUAUUUUGGGUGAUUUUUCUAAAAUGUUUAAAAAUUGACAAUAAAAAAGGGAGAUUUUUGUUUCUAUUUCUUUAAUAGCAAUUCGAUUGUGAUUCAGUCAGGUUUACCCUUUUUGAGUGUGUGUGCAACUAAUUUGUCGCUUGAGGACAAGCAACGCUUAAGUGUGAGGAGAUUGAUAAGUCCAUUUUUGUACUUAUUUUUCUUAUCAAAUUUAAGUGAUCUUGGACUGAAAAACAGAAAAACAAGGCAUGUUUUAUAUAUUUUGGUUCAAGUUUCGUGAAAUCGGGUAAAAAUCACAUACAUGAUAUGUUUGAUGAAAUUUCGGGUCAAUUUAGCACAACAUGCGUCAAUUUGAGUAACAAAUGAUAUCAUACCGAAAAAAGAAAGCAGAAUUUCAAAGUGGUCCAGAAGGGAAAAUUGAAGAGCACAAAAUUCAGAACAAGACGGACAAAACACUUCACAGGCGCCCAAAUAGGCGCCCAGAUUGGCCGCCUACCAGGCCGCCUACCAACUUUUGAAAAAAGUCAAUUUUGAUCAAGUUUGACCGGACCGGAGAAAAACGGAAGGCGGCCGACGCUGGACGGAAGGCGGCCGCCUUCGAUGGCCGCCUACGGCACAAGGCGACGAACCAACCACCGGCCGGUGGGAUUUGACGACAGGCGGCCAGACAGGAACGGCAGGCGGCCGCCUGCUGGACCGCCUGCGGCGGACGAGUUGACCGGCGUCACGUCCUGCCGGUGACGUGACGAAAGGCGGCCGGGCCAGGACCAGUGGCGGCCGCCUAUUUGGCCGCCUACCAGAUUUUUUGUGCUAUAAAUACCCCGAUUUUUGCGGAACUCAAGGACACCUCUUCCAACCCUAAUUCAGUUCAAAAAGUUCCUGUUCUUUGGCUAUUUCCGCAGUUCCAAGGAUUUUUGGGAGAGAGAAACUUCAAAUCUUCAUAUCUUCUUCAUUUUAGCUUCAAAUUGUAAGUUCUUUAUAUGUAUUUUCAUCUUCUCAACGAUUAGAAUCUGAAUCUGUGCUUUGUUUUCUCGAUCUGUUCUUCGAAUAUUUCCAGAAUAAUUAUCUAGUACUUCGCAUUUUCUUCCAUAAAUUAAAUAAAAUAGUUGUUGAUGUUGAAUUCAUUCCAAUUAAUUAUAUAGUUGUUCACUAGCCUCAAGGUUGUUAUUUAUCUGAAUAAAGUUAAUUUUCACGAAGUGCAAGUAUUUUUUAAUUAAUUUCGGUAAUUAGGUGUUAUUAUUGCAUAAAUUAAAUUAAUUACACAAAAAUAGAAAAAAAAAUAGUCUCGUCCCUAAUUCCAGUUUAUUUCACUGUAAUAUCACCCCUAGUAGUCAAAAAAAAAUUUAGAACGAAUUUAGCCUAUUUUUAAUUGCCUUUUGUAUUUUAUAGUUAAAAGUGG